GUGGAUCCUGCCUACAGAAAGGAAAGGGUUAAAGCGUCGGUGUCCCGUUCUGGAGUGCUCAGUUAAUUUGACACAAGCAUUGGCUACGUUGGAGGGAGACAGUCCCUGGUGAAGAGCAAGCCAGCUAGCCGCUAUUGACUGAGAGGCGUUGCGGCUUAAGAGUGCCGCCGCUCAGGUCAAUCAAACAGCUAAAAAAAUACAACACUUUGUAUUUGAAAACGAGCCCAACUGGACCACGAGAUUUGCGAUAGUGUAACUCUGAGCUCUUUCUGUCCCUGUGUAUAGAGCCAAGCCUGGAAAGGCUGUGUAGAAGCCAAGGCUAAGUUAAGAUGAACCUUUGUUCUCACGCUCACAGGCGGUUUUCCCAUAUGCGGGACGAAAGCCUCAGGGGCAAUUUUCCCUUUACAGUCCUCGCCUAUGAACUGCAUAGAGAUUCUCCAUUUGAUUUGCAAGGGCCGUGCAUUAAAACAUGAUAUACAUCUGACAUUCACCUAAGAGAGCUGCCCUUGGUGUAGUGGUAUUUUCAGCAGCUUCCACUUGGGGCCGUCAUGAAAGAAUCGGUGAUCGCUAUGUAAAACAGGCGCACUCAGAGUUGCAGAAAACAAUCUAGCAGCUGAAAUUUCCACUCGGUAAAAGGAUCAACGCUGAUAUUGCUUGCUGCUGUUGGCCCAGCUUCAAUCACGAACCUGUGGGGCGGGAGACAGAAGACGCCGGGGAGCCUGCUCUACUCGGCCCGCGGCUGUUCGAGAAUCGCUGCGGCCUUUUGAUGUUAGUCACUCGAUGAUGGAUCAUCCUUCACUCAUGAGGAGGACUAAUGUAUAGGUAUCGUAUGUUCCACCCCCGCCAAUAAUAAUAAUAGUAAUAAUAAUUGUGCACGUCGGUACUGCAAGGGCGGAGUCUGCAGCCGGCCUCGGAAGUUCCGCGCGGUACGAGGAAGAAGAGCCUUUAAAACGCAACGGGGGGCGCCUUCUUUGCUGGCCGUCGCCCCUCCCGGCAAAGCCGUUGCAAGCCCGCCCGCCCCUCCAUCGCGGGCUUUCUGAGGACCUUUGCCUACCCUUUGGCCCUGAGAGGGAGCGCUCCAUAGCGGGUGUCGAGCUCUGGCGCCUCCUUUCCCCAGGAGAUGCAUAUGCACGGGCAACCGCUGCUGUGAAGACAAAGACAGGCGCCCGCUCUGCACCUUGCUCUGUCAUGGAUCUCUCGCGGCUUUGGCACCUGGCGGCUGUGUUUUGCUUGACCUGCCUGCUGCUCAAAGCCAUCCAGCUGCUUCGCAGAAGGCAGGAGCUACUGAAAGUUCUGAGCGCUUUCCCUGGCCCCGCUGGACAUUGGCUGUACGGUCAUAUAUUUGAGCUUUCACCUGUUUCCGUGGUUUUUAAGAAGGCAGAAGAGUGGAGCCAUUCGUAUCCAUAUGCCUUUCCUAUAUGGUUUGGGAGUUUCUCUGCAUGUGUGACGGUUACACACCCUGAGUAUGCAAAAGUACUACUUGCUAGGACAGAUCCAAAGGACAAUUUUACUUAUCAGAACUUAAUUCCAUGGAUCGGUAAAGGUUUGCUGGUCCUACAUGGACCAAAGUGGUUCCAGCAUCGAAAGCUGCUGACUCCAGGUUUUCAUUAUACCAUAUUGAAGCCAUACAUAACCCUGAUGGCAGAGUCUACAAAUGUGAUGUUGGAUAAAUGGGAACAGCUGAUCACCAAGGAUAAAUCUGUAGAGCUCUUUGGACAUGUGAGCUUGAUGACGCUUGACAGCAUCAUGAAAUGUGCCUUCAGUUAUAACAGCAACUGUCAGAUGGACAGGGAGAAUUCUUAUGUCCAAGCCGUAUUUGAACUUUGCUCCCUGUUACAUGCUCGAUUGUUGUACAUCCUGGGCUACAAUGACAUCACUUACCACUUCAGCCCACAUGGAUAUCGGUUUCGGAAAGCCUGCAAUGUUGCCCACCUUCACACAGAUAUGAUAAUUAAAGAGAGGAAGAAAUCUCUGCAGAAUGAAGAAGAACUCCAGAAGAUUCAGAAGAAACGUCAGCUGGAUUUUCUUGACAUCCUUCUCUGUGCCAGAGAUGAAAAUGGAGUUGGUCUAUCUGAUGAAGACCUUCGUGCUGAGGUGGACACUUUCAUGUUUGAAGGUCAUGACACUACGGCCAGUGGGAUCUCCUGGCUGUUCUAUUGCCUUGCACAGAACCCGGAGCAUCAGCAGAAAUGCAGGGAAGAGAUAAAAGGCAUUUUAGGAGACUGUGACACCAUCCAGUGGGACGAUCUUAACAAGAUGACGUACUGCACGUUAUGCAUUAAAGAGAGCCUCCGCCUUUACCCUCCAGUACCAGGCGUGGCCCGAGUGCUCAGCAAACCUAUUACCUUUUUUGAUGGACGGACUUUACCUGAAGGUUUUUGGGUUGCAGUGAGUAUUUUUCUCAUGCACAGGAAUCCAAGCAUAUGGGAAAAUCCAAAGGUCUUUGAUCCUCAGAGGUUUACCCCUGAGAAGAUAUCCAGCAGAAACUCUCAUGCCUUCCUGCCUUUCUCUGCUGGACCAAGGAACUGCAUCGGACAGCAGUUUGCCAUGAACGAGUUGAAAGUGGCCCUUGCCUUGACUCUGCGUCGAUUUGAGCUUUUGCCUGAUCCUUCUAAGCCCCCACCCGUCCCCAUCCCUCAGCUUGUCCUGCGCUCUCACAAUGGGAUACACCUUUGCUUGAAGAAAAUACUGUGAAUCUGAAAGGGCAGGUUUUGCUGAGAGAAAGGAGAGCUUAGAUUCAUGUGAUUCUGCAGGGACUUUGAAAUCAUAGAAUACCAAUCAGAAAGUAUUUCUUUUCGGGGCAGCUUCCAUUAAAGCUUUAAAGAGCAGGCAGGAGAGCUGUGUGGUAGUUUCAGCAACCUGAGGACCUCUGUACAUUGCAUUUGCCUUUACUCACACUACUUUCUCCUGCAUUUUUACAAGAUGGCCAUUAAGUAGUGGAAAUAAAACAGUGUAAUGCAGCUCAGGGAAUGACAAGCUCUGCCCCAAAUUCCUUCCCAUACUCUCUUGCUCGCUAAUUUAUGCAUUUGAUUUAUAUCCUCAAGGUGACUUUCAUCACGUAAUGCACUAAAAUAAAAUCACAACUGCUUCUGCCUUUCUCCAAUGCAGAGGAGUGGGUGUGUACAACCCAAUAAGCGAUGGUAGUUUUGGUCUGCUGGAUCAUCUGAACCGGAAUGCACAGCUUGGUAUGGUACUGAGUCCUGAAUCAUGGAGCAAAGGGUGCCACUGACCGCUGCCCUUUGGCACAAGUCCCAGAGGCGCACCUGUCUGGCGCGAUGGGAAGAGUGGCACUGCCCAGUCAAUUCCCCCGCUGUCACUCCUACAUGAGCAGGAGAACCUGCUGAGCGGAGGUGCUGAGUGGGGGGCGCAUGCAGCAGCAAUCCCCCGUGCUGCCCCUCUUGUUUGUGCAGCUGGGUGAGAAGCAGCUGGCAAGAGUGCCUGGUUGGGAGCUGUGCUUGCAAGCUGCACGAACGAGCCUGCAGCAGGGCCGAGAAGCAGCUGGGUAGCAGUGAUGAGGGGGAGGCAGCCCUGGUCCCCCCCCCCAGAUGAGAAAAGGGAGUGGUGGGAGAACCAGGUGUGGCAUGCAGCCCCCGACUGAGCACUGUGCCCAGCUGCUUCUUGCUCCCGCCACUGGCUUGUUUGCACAUGCAAGAGACUUUGAGUAAACCAGUAUUAAAGAAAAGGGGCAUGAGGAGGGACUUCCCUCGGAUAAAAUUUUAAGGUGCUCCAAACAGCAAGGCCAAACUUGACCAUGGUCAGAACUCUCAGUGUUCCUACCUUGAAACUGGACGGGAUGUCUUCCUACACCACAGAGCUGGGAAGCAACCCUGUGGCUAAAAAAAAGGUGGGGGUGCAUCUGUUACAACAAGGAAGAUCACUUUCUCUAAGGGUAAUGAUGGAUCCUGGAUGCCUUUGUGGAGCAACAGCUCAAAUCUGGCUUGAGUGCCCCAAAGCACUCAAGCAGGUUUCAUCUGCCUGCCUCGUCUUUUGCCCUUUCAAAACCCUUCUGCAGUUUCCCAUCUGGGCAGCUUGCUGCUUGCUCGUCCCUUCUGGAUUUUUAGCCUGGCCUGGCUGUUCCUCUGCUCCCUCAGGGUAUGAGGGCACCCAGCCUCGAAGCUGCUCUCUGCUCAGAAUACUUCAGCCUCUCUUGCCAGAGCACUGACUAAGUUGUGGCUGCUUAUGAGUUGUGGCUGCAUGGAACUUGGGGCAACCCAUUGGGGCAAUUUACAAUAAUGGGUUGUGGUGAUGUGUGAAUCCACCCAAUUUUGUAGCCAUUCCAUUUCUGUGUCUAAGAAGGACAUUUGGCAAGGUUUCUUAGAGGAGAGAAAAUGCAGCAUUUCAUUGUGAAAAUGAAAGAUGCUAUUUGAACAUGUGUGUGCUCUGUUAGGGAUGCAGGUGCUAUGUUACUAUACCACACCAUCACUAGGGGUUAUGUAGCAGAAAAGGAAAUGCUCCUCAUUUGUGCUCAGAUCUCAGUUCUGCAACAAAGCUGAAACCAGAUAAUAGCAGUUUAGCAACCUCAUUAAAAAAGCUCUUAGCAGCUAAUCCUAUUCACAGGUAUGCCUAAGUAAAUACAUAAAGGUUUGUAGUCUGUUUUGGCUAGCCAUAAUAUUUGCGUCAUGACUGUGUACACCUCAAGGUAUGGGGAUUGCCAAGUACACAUUACACAGUUCAAUGCAUGGUUGAUAUUAGUGCUUGCUAGUCACAAAGGAAUAAAAUAAUAUUUGCACAUACCUUCACUCCUCUUGGAUACGUGCUGUACAUUUUAUAUAAGCUCUUUCACCUUGCAUUGGCAAGAUAUCUUAAGAAUCUGAGAUCACUUCUUGAAAAUAAUGUUGUUCUUAACUGAUAAAAAAUGAUUGUUCAGUAACAUUUAAGAGGAUCAAAUUGUGAACUAUGUACUUCUCCACUUUAAUGAACCUGAAUAAAAGCAUCUUUGGUAUGACACUUUA